CAGAGCUCACAACCACAGACGCCAACGGAGACGCCAACGGAGACGCCAACGAGAAAACUCCAAACAUGAAGACCACUCUGCUCCUCUGUCUGGCCUUAACCAUCGCCCUGUCCAUCACCACAGUGGCUGGUUUGUCGUGCCUGACGUGUACAGAUCCGAAGCGACCCAAGCUGCACCAACACGAUUCAGCUCACCUGCACCAGCGGAGAGACGUACUGUAUGUCUGCCACCAUCGUCACCACCGUCACCAGCGGCAGCAGCAGCACCACGACCACAAUGAAGUUCAGAGGUUGUGCGAUGUCCAGCCUGUGUCCGGCCGUCAAUCAGGAAUUUUCUAUGGACACGGGAUCCACCAGCGUUUUGGCCGGAGCCGUCUGCUGCACCACCGACGGCUGCAACUCUGGCGACGCAACCGCUCCGUCCGCCCCGGCUGAUGGGUCAAAACGGUGCUACGGCUGUGACCCUGUGACCGGAGUCUGCGCCCCUGGAACCAUCUGCAACACCAUGGAGACCAACUGCUUCAGCUCCUCAGUGCUGCCAAACGGUGGGUCCUCGGCGAUCCUGGUUUACGGUUGUGCUUCGGAGUCCCUUUGCAUCAACAAUGCAGUAUCUCUGAACACGUCGUCGCUGCUCACCGGCUUAGGCACCGUCCAGGGCACCCCCACCUGCUGCACCACCGACAACUGCAACGUCCCCCCCACCACCACAACUACAACCACCACCACCGCUGCCGGGGCAACCACUGCAGGCGCCUCCUCCGUCGCGUCUCUUCUUCUUCUGCAGAUCUUCGCUCUGGUUCUUGUGUUUCUCUGCUAA